AGUAUGCGUAACCUCUGUGCACACAUGCACACACCUGAACAAGCCCUGCUCAAAGUUCAUACACCGGAGUGAAUGAUUACACACACACACACACAGCAAGGUGGAUCACGCUCAAACACACAUUUGCAAACAGCUAAGCACUUAUUAUAUGCACAGUGACCAAGCCGUAGCGAGUGUACAGCAGACAGUGUGCACUCUGGGCACCAUGAUGAGAGCCGCACCGCACAAUGCCGCUGCCGUUUUGGUGCUCGUGGCCGCCUUGUGCGCCGUGCAGGUUCAGGAGGUCAGCUGUGGGAAGGUCCUGGUGUGGUACACGGAGGGCAGCCACUGGAUCAACAUGAAGCCCAUCCUGGACACCUUGAUCGAGAGGGGCCACAGCGUGACCAUGCUCUUCCACAACGCCUCCAUGUUCGUCGACCCCAAGGACCACGCGCUCUACGACUACCACCUGUUCAACGUCGCCAUGGACCUGGAGGAGAACUUUGACUUCUUCAACGACUUCAUGUACUUCUCCCUGCACGAACUGGACCAGCUGAGCUACGCACGGAUCUUCUGGCGGCUGAAGAACCUGAUGCACAAAGACGCGGAGCUCGCCCUCAAGCUGCUCGACGGGCUCCUGCACUCGGACGAGGUCAUGAGGAAGCUGAAGGAGGCCAAGUAUGACCUGCUCUUCGCGGACCCCAUCUAUCCGGGCAGCGAGCUGGUCGCUCACAUCCUGGGCAUUCCUUUCACGUACACCCUGCGCUUCUCCUUAGCCAACGGCAUGGAGAGACUGUGUGGCCAGCUGCCGGCUCCUCCGUCGUACGUGCCAGGCAGCACGGUCAAGCUAACCGACCAGAUGAGCUUGUCUGAGAGAGUCACCAACUCAGUCUACUACCUCAUGAUGGACUUCCUGUCCCUUCACAGCAUGUGGAGCCAGUAUGAUCAGUAUUACAGUGGAGUACUAGGAAGGCCCGUGUCCUUCUGUGAACUCAUGGGCAAGGCUGACAUGUGGUUUAUCAGAACGUACUGGGACUUUGAAUACCCCCGGCCCAUCCUUCCCAACUUCAAAUACAUUGGUGGAAUUCACUGCAAACCUGCCAAGCCUUUGCCUAAGGAAAUAGAGGAGUUUGUUCAAUCCUCAGGGGAUGAUGGGAUCGUAGUCUUCACCUUGGGCUCCAUGAUUGCUGACCUCCCCAAAGAGAAGAGCAAUAUCAUUGCCUCAGCUCUGGGACAAAUCCCACAGAAGGUAUUAUGGAGGUACAAAGGGGAGAGGCCAGAGACUCUUGCCCCCAACACAAGACUCUUCAAGUGGAUCCCACAGAAUGACCUUCUAGGGCAUCCCAAAACCAGGGCGUUUGUCACCCACGGUGGCACGAAUGGCUUGUAUGAGGCCAUCUACCACGGAGUGCCCACGGUGGGCAUCCCGCUGUUUGCGGACCAGCCGGAUAACAUGGUGCACAUGAGAGCCAAGGGUGCGGCCGUCAUCAUGGACUACAACACCAUGCAGAGCCAGGACUUGGUAGACGGGCUGAGGACCGUCAUCAACGAUCCCUCGUACAAGGAGAAUGCCAUGAGGCUUUCCAAAAUCCACCACGACAGGCCCGAGUCGCCCCGUGACGAGGCAGUGUUCUGGUUGGAGCAUGUGAUGCGGCACAAAGGGGCCAAGCACCUGAGGGUGGAGGCCCACAACCUCACCUGGUAUCAGUACCACUGCCUGGACGCCUUCGCCAUCCUCAUCGCGAUAGUCCUCCUGGUGAUCAUGUUGCUUUACCAGACCUGCAAGUUCUGCUGCAGGAAACUCUGUCUGAGGCCGACGCAAAAGAAGAAACACGAAUGAGAUGGACAUGUAUUUUUUAUGUUUCAUUCUUUUGCAUUACACUCAUUCAAGUAUUAUUAUUGUUUAGAAAAGGGAGAUAUCCUCCACGCUCCUAUACGUCACAAUCUGGUGCGUCACGGGAAAGCAGGUAAAGAAGAGAGUCACCGGAGCAUCUUCAGAUGUAGAAAAUGUACUGUUUUAUUGGGCAAAAGUGCCAAGACUAAUGUUUUGACAUUGUCACGUCUUCUUCAGAGUCAAUAUGGCAAACUGAAGAAGACAUGACAAUGUUGAAACGUUAUACUUGGGACUUGCCCAAUAAAACAGUAAUUUUUCCACAUCUGGAGAUGCUCCGGUGACUCUCUUCUUUGCCUGCUAUUGUUAUUACUUUGCUGUUGUUGUUGUUGUUUUUUGGGCAGCUUAACAACAGCAUGCACAGCACUUGAACGCCUGGUCUUAACUUGAGUUUAGAGCAGUCAUUGAGUUCUACAGUAGGCGACUUGUUUGUUGAUCAAAAACAGGGGUGGGGAACCUAUGUCUUGAUGGCCAUUUAUGGCCCUUGAGAACGUUUUAUCCGGACCCCGAUAUAAUUUUAAUGUUAUGCAGCUUCACAUUGAAUAUGCCAUAUUUUGUAAAAGAAUCCUAGAAAUACAUUUGCAAUACAAUAAAGUUAUAUUCAGGGGACCUAUAGAAGGUGGGGUCUGUUUUAAAGAUGGCUGCCUUCAAUAUGGCCCUAAAGUGCAGGGGGAAAUCCUGGUUUGUGUUCAUAGUACGGCCCUUGGAGGACUCUUACGGCCCUUGGAGGACUCUUACGGCCCAUGGAGUAAUUUGUAGUGGCCUCUUGAAUGAAAAGUGUUCCCCACCCCGAUCUUAAACAACUGCUAUUCUUUUUUUAAAGAUAUUUUUUAUGGGCUUUUUGCCUUUAUAGCAGAUAGGAUCGAGAAGAUCGACAGGAAGUGAGUGUAGAGAAAGAGAUGGGGUAGGGUUGGGGUAGGAUUCGAACCUGGGUGCCCCUGGGCAUGCAAGCCCAAAUGUGGGGGGCUUAGCGCGCUGUGCCACAAUGCCCCAAAACAACUGUAAUUCUUUACCCCGACAAAUGCUGUUAGGUGGCAUGCAUUCAUACUGUAUAUUUCGUCAGCCUGGUUCAGGGGGGAUGUUCCAAUAAGGUGGUUCAGUUGCUAUACAAGGUAAGUUAACUUAGAGCAGUAAUCCUACUAAUAAAGGAGCCUGAUGGCUUUAUCAAAAAAGUCAGAGUGUUCUGACAUUUGAAGGUUUAUCAGUUUCAGUUAGGGACCAUGAACAAAUAAAACAUAAAUGUUGCCUUAGGCUUUUUUUUUUUUUUUUUACAUCUGCUGCCCUGUGGUGCAGUGGUAACCACGGUAAGUUUUCUAGUCCUUCUUUCUAGAAUUAUCCCCAGAUGAAGUCUACCUCAUGAAAUCCAUGCAAUGUGUUAUUUAAAUAAAUAACUAAACCCAUGUCUGUCUGACAAAUAUUUUGGUGGGAAUACCUGUUCUAAUAUCCCAUCCAGCUCUUCUGUGCAGUAUGAAACAAAUAAAGAAUCAA